AUGUCCGACCCUAAUAAUCCCAAUAUCCAAGAGAGAACCACUCCGCAGUGGUCACUCUAUCGACGCGAGGCCUUUUGGAACACAAACCAUGGCCAAUAUCCUCCAUUCAAUACUGACCCGAGUGAAGUUGAAAAACUUGCCAAAGAGAAGCUGUCUCAAGGUGGAUGGUACUAUUCUGCUUGCAACGCAGGAAUGUCAUGGACCCAUCUUGCCAACCGCCAGGCCUUCUACCGACAUCGAAUCAUUCCUCGCACUCUUGUCGACACCAACCUGAGAGACACAGCAUGUGAGAUCUUCGGCCACAAAGUUAAUGCGCCCAUUGGAUUUGCUCCUAUAGGCAUCAACCGCAUCUACCACCCAACAGGGGAGCUCUCUGUUGCAAAGGUCGCAGAUGAACUGAAACUCCCUUACUGUUUGUCCUCCGCCGGCAGUUACAGCAUCGAAGACGUCGGCAAGGCAAAUGGAGGCGGUCCGCGAUUCUUCCAGCUCUACCAGAGUCAUGACGAUGAACUGGCCAUCUCAUUGAUGCAACGUGCCUGGGACUCUGGAUUUGAUGCCUGCAUGUUGACCACGGAUACAUGGUCACUCGGGUGGCGCCAUAAUGACGUGUUCACCGGCAACUACGCCUUUUACCAUGACCAUGGAGCUGGCGAUAUUGCGUUACAGGAUCCUGUCUUUAUCAAGCGACUAGCAGAAGCGGGGAUUGACCCGAAGAGGAACCCCAAGGAGGCUGGCGCCAAAUGGAUUGACGAGCAUAUCUGGCAUGGAAGGGCGCAUACUUGGGAGAAGGUCAAAUGGACGAUGGCGCAAUGGAAGAGAAUCAGUGGUGGUAGACCAUUCUGUUUGAAAGGGAUUCUUGACGUCAACGCGGCGAAGAAAUGUGUCGAAAUGGGUAUCGAUGGGAUUGUGGUCACAAACCAUGCUGGUCGGCAAGUUGACGGCGCCAUUGCUAGCCUGGAUGCCCUCGAGAAGAUUGUCGACGCGGUAGGAGAUAAGAUCUAUGUCAUGUUCGAUUCCGGAGUACGAACAGCAGCCGACGCUUUCAAGGCUCUUGCAUUGGGAGCGAAAUUCGUGUUUCUGGGCCGUCUUUGGGUAUGGGGCCUUGGCAUUGCCGGCGAGCACGGUGUUCGCCACGUCAUGAAAAGCUUCCUCGCAGAGUUCGAUCUGCUCAUGGAGGAAGCGGGAUUCCAGACUAUCGAUCAGAUCGACCGCACGGCCAUUGAUAGUCUGCCAAACUCGGCGAACUUGAUCGCUACUCAUGCUGCCAUCUAG